AAGACGGAGGAGCAGUGGAUUACUGGGAAUGGCUCAUCGUUAUUAUUAUUACUAUGUACGAGAGGCGGAGUGGGGGCCGUUCUCAUUAGGAAAUAAUGACACAAGAAGUCUUUGUGGGUCGCCUUUGCACCAUUCCAUCAUCAUCUCCUCCUCUACUAAAUCCCCUUCCCUUCACCUCUCCCUCCCAUCUCCCUCUCUCUAUUCCUCUUUCUCUGAAGCUUUCUUUUCCACAAAACUCUAAUGCUCUAGUUUUAUGUUGUUCUCUCUUUCACACCUGACCACCAGACCAGCUCAUGUCUUCUUCUUCUUCCUCUUGUAGCCGAUUUCGGUAUUUGUUGCGAGUUUCUCUGUGAUGAAGUUUGAACCUUUAUUCUCUUCUCAGUCUGAACAUGUACGCAGGUGCUCGUACAACUCUUCCAUCGAAGCAAAAUAGAAUGUUCAAAGCAUUUCCCUGUUCUCUCAUGAAAGACUUCGGAUCGUCUAUCGAAGCCGCCAAUGUCAGUAUCCCAUUGCUCUGUUUCUUCGCAUGCAAGUUACAUGCAGCUAAACAAGGCCAGAAAACAGCUAAUUUUACUUGUGUGCGGUGAAUGGUCUUCCCAUGCUUGAUGGUCCCUCUCUGUUCUUAGCUUCUUCUGUCCACCAAUUAGGAACUGCGGUGUCUGUAUCCAUCAGUUAGCUAGCUUUUUGGCCUCGAGCAUCAGAGUGGGACGAGGAGCGGAAGGAAAAUAAAAAAGAAAGUUUUUUGGCGUCAAUGGCAGAUCCUACGAACAAUUCUGUGCCGGAAAGCAGUGUCAGUUCAGUGUCCUCCCUCUCCUCGGCUUCCUCGUCUUCGUCCCUUACUCUUUCCCAAACUCUUCAAGAGCGGAAAAUGGGCACAUGUAACCUGACCGCGACGGCCUCGAGAAACGAGGAAAGUAGCGGCGGCGGCUCCGCAAAGCGGCUGCGGGACCAGAGCAAGCACCCCGUGUACCGCGGCGUCCGGAUGCGGAACUGGGGCAAGUGGGUCUCGGAGAUCCGAGAGCCGCGCAAGAAGUCACGCAUCUGGCUGGGGACGUUCACGACGCCGGAGAUGGCGGCGCGCGCCCACGACGUGGCUGCCCUCAGCAUCAAGGGCGCCGCCGCGGUGCUCAACUUCCCGGAGCUCGCCGGCUCCCUUCCCCGCCCGGCCACCCUCUCGCCCCGCGACGUCCAGGCCGCGGCAGCCAAGGCCGCCGCGAUGGACCCGGAAGCCCAGACGGAGCUCCCAGCGGCGGCCCCGGGGGACUCCGACGAGCUCGAGGAGAUCGUGGAGCUGCCGCGGCUGGACGACGUGUGCUGCUUCCUCGACUCGGACGAAACCCGGAGCGAGUUCCUGUUCGACGACCCAGUUGACUCGUGGGCGCACCCGUUGCCGUGGGUGGAGAGCGCGGAUCUGCUGUGGGCCGGGUCGGACGCAAUUUUUCCGACCAGCUUCGGAACUCUUCUCUAAGACUAAGAACGAAGUUCAAGGGCUCAAGGGCUUCCUUCUCUUCUCUAUUCUGGCUUGCACCCUUCCCUCCCUUCUUCUUCAGCGUGUGUGCUGUUUCUCGGGGUUGCCUCCCAUUGUACAUUGAAGUCGACAGAACAGAAUCCUCAUGACUCCAAAUCUCCCCAGUCAAUGUUGUACAGUUUUCUGGGGAAGUGCCGGAGAAGAAGAGCAUGAGUCUCUUGCAUGGUUUGUGUGCAUGUAAUAACUUUGUGCUAUCUAUGUCGUUGUGAUCA